AUGGAACAGAGUUUGGAUGUUAUGGUUGAUGUUGAAGUGGUCGAUAAACGUGAAACAGGGGGUGUGUCAACCAACAUGGAAGUUCUGGGCUUGAAAGGGAUACUGGAAAAAAUGGUUGGCAAUAUUAUCAUUUCAGAAAUUGUAACUGAUGCAUCGGCUGCUGUUAUUGCCCUGGUUAGAACGAUGAAAG